AGUUGGAAACGUAUUCCAGUUUAGGCGGAAGUGCCACUAUGUUGUUUUCGUUCGACGUUUAAUUUGCGUUUCUUGCGGGUUUUUCGACAGGCUGACGAUACUUUAUUACAGUUGUGUUGUGAUUGCGGCCCACUGAUCAGAGUCCAGUGAAGGGUCUGUGUUACAUGGGAGGCCUGUAGAAGAAUGAGAGGGACCCACAUGGAGGAGGUGUACACCCUGGAGAGGGAGGUGGGACGUGGCAGCUAUGGGGUGGUCUUUGAGGGCCGUGUGGCUGAGGACGGGCCAUGGGGUGUGCGUGGCCAGCGAGUGGCCAUAAAGCGUCUUCCGUGCCACAGCCCCGAGUGCAUCGAGCUGUACUUGCAGGAGCUGUGGGCCAUGCGUGCCACAGCCAGGAGCCACCCCAACGUCAUUGCCCUGUACUGCUGCUUCCGGCAGACCGGGCCCAACACCUUGCACCGUCUCAAGGCAGGCAGGCUGCCACUGGACCUGGUGGAGAGCGCUCUCAAAGGCAGUGUUGCACGGCCCUGUUUGGAGGCAAAGAGGAAAACCUCAACAGCCCGGUCCCGCCGGAGAAGGCCGUCUUCUCCGGAACCACUCCCCCGAACCUGCAGUGCCCUGUGGCUGGUGAUGGAGUAUUGCGAUGGGGGGGACCUGAACCAUUACUUGCUGUCUCGACCCCCAGACGCACAGCUGAAUUACAGUGUGGUCCAGCAGCUGAGCAGUGCCGUGGAAUUCCUCCAUGGCCUCCGCAUCACCCACAGAGACCUUAAACCUGACAACGUCUUGGUGCACAACACUCCUGCAGGGCCGGUGGUCAAGGUGGCAGAUUUUGGGCUCAGCAAGGUGAGCGACGGCCAGUCUGAAGGGGGCCUGGUCAGACAGCACUUCUCCUCCACUUGUGGCUCAGAUUUCUACAUGGCACCUGAGGUGUGGGCUGGACGUAGCUACACAGCCCAGGCAGACAUCUUCUCCUUGGGAGUGCUCUUCUGGGCUGUGCUGGAGAGGAUCACGUUCCUAGAAGAUGGCACCACACAGGAGCAGCUGGGAGCAUAUGUGUGCCGGGGACGCUGGCUAGUCCCGUUAGGAGAGGCCCUGAGUGAGAACCCCGACCUGCAGCUGUCCAUCCCUAUGAAAGCUAGACGGACCCCUCCUCUGUUGCCCCCGCCAUCUCAGCAGCUCUGUGCUCUGCUGCUGGACAUGCUGGCCUCAGAUCCCGAUGCGCGCCCUGCAGCUCCACAGCUCAAAGACAGGGUGCUCCAUGCCACCACCUCUCAGUGAGAGCCCAUGCUUAGCAGAGGGGUUCUCAGACAUAGCAACCCGUGGAGGUGUCACCAUUAUUCAUUGUCUUAUGUUUUUAAGCUAUAUAUUUUUAUAUGUUUAAUAAAUCUUAAGGUAUGUGUUUCAUGCCAGUAUCCUGAAAUAUGAUAGUGGUUCCUAUUUUCCCUCUUCUCCCUCCUGAACAUUUGUUCUCCA